CGUGACCGUCACCACCUGCCGUCGGUCGGCCCAAAGCCGUCGUUCCGUCAGUCGAGCGUCGCGUAUUCUCCGUGAUUGUUCGUUGAAUGUGAUCGAGCGUGUUAUCUGCGACACACGCGGAAGAAGAUCCGGACACAAACGUGAAACGUAGUAAUAUUUGUCUUAUUUCGGUUGCGUCGUGGAGCUAAAUCUCUCUCAGAAGAAGAACACGACGGAAUCGCCGCAACACGAUGGCCAGUCUGCGACAAACACCGCUGACGUGCAGCGGACACACGAGACCCGUGGUUCAUCUCGCCUUCUCCAACGUCACCGAGUCCGGAUACUAUUUAAUCUCAGCGUGCAAAGAUGGCAAGCCCAUGUUGCGACAAGGUGAUACUGGAGACUGGAUUGGUACAUUUGAAGGACACAAAGGAGCGGUAUGGGGUGUAGCAUUAAAUCCGGAAGCUACUCGAGCCGCAAGUGGGGCGGCGGAUUUCAAUGCCAAAGUCUGGGAUGCCAUCAAAGGAGAGGAAAUACAUUCUUUCCAGCACAAUCACAUAGUAAAAUCCGUUAACUUCAGUACAGAUUCCAAUUAUCUGUGUACCGGAUCGAACGAGAAGAUUGUGCGCAUAUACGAUCUUAAUAAGCCAGAGACAGCUCCACAGAUCUUUUCAGGUCACACCAGUGGUAUUAGACACAUCACCUUCUUUGACAACAACUCUGCUUUAAUCACGUGCGCGGACGAUAAGACACUGAGAGUAUGGGACAGGAAUAGCGGGCAAGAGGUCAAGAGGCUAGAUUUUCCCGCCAUACCAAGUUCCAUGGAAGUGUCCAAAGAUGGGAACAUCAUCAUUACAACUCAUUCGAAUAUUGUUACUUUUUGGAAUAGUAAAGAAUUAACCAAGAUAAAAGAAUUCACAGUCCCCACUCAAGUUAACAGUGCCAGCUUACACCCGGAUUGUACAAUGUUCGUAUGUGGCGGAGAAGAUCUCAAAAUGUACAAGUUUGACUACAACACAGGAGCGGAACUAGAGUCGUUCAAAGGACACUUUGGGCCUGUGCACUGUGUGCGCUUCUCGCCGGACGGCGAAUUGUACGCUAGCGGAUCCGAAGAUGGUACCUUGAGAUUGUGGCAAACCGUAGUCGGCAAAACUUACGGAUUGUGGCGUUGCGUCGAACAGACGCCUGCUUUACAAGAAAAUGCUGCCGUAGUUAAUAAUAAACAAGAAGUUCCUGCCAGUUAAACAGCAGAGAAAAGCAAGAAGAUCGCGGACGGACUCUUAAAAAUUCCAAAAACAGACACUUAAACCAAACUUGAGAGUGAGUGGUUGAAUCUUCCUGUGGAUGGAAUGUUUUUUUUUUUUUUUUUUUUUUACCGUUAAUUGUUUGCUGCCGGAAUUCCUUGUAAAUAGUAGAGAUGUUAGAAAGCGGUCGCACAUUUACCUCCACUCGCCAGGAGCUGGCGAGGCAAGCGAAAGGACCAGACUCCAAUGUCCGUGGAAGCGUGAACGAUCGUUUGUUUAAAAUAUAUAUCAUCAGGCAAAACGACGAAGGAAAAAGGGAAGUAACAUUUAUUAAUAUUAUACAUGUCAAAUUAUUAUAAUACAAAAAAAAUUAGACAGACAUGUAACGAGAGAAAGAAAGACAGAAGUUCAAGAACGAACGCCGCAUUUUUACAUUUCUUGCUUUCGGCAAACAAUUGUCGAAUGAUGAUAUGGCAACACACAUGACGUACAUCAUCUCUCGUGCAUUUUUUCUAAUAUCACAUUCACGUUUUCGAACCUAUUUUUCAUGACGCCAUUGUAUCGCCACAGAAAUGGGACUUUUUUUUUUUUUUUUUUUUUUAUUCCGGGGUUUACUCGUUCUAAGUUUAAUUCUACUACUACGUUCGCGUGCUGCAACAUCAUUUUUUAUUCCCUCGAAGAAGUUCCGUAUCUCGUGCGUUCGUGUGUGUCUUUUCGUUCUCUUUGUUUUUCGACGAUGCAAUCUCGGUCUUCUUCUGAUGAACUAAAACACUUGCAUCUUAGCAUCUAUAUUUACACGCCAACAGGUACUAUUUCGCAUUUAUCUUCUUUACAAAUGUCUUCCGCGCGUUCAAGACAUGCUCCUUGUCUCUUUCUUGCUCCAUUCUCUUUCUCGACCUCGAUAUUUUUUUUUUUUUUUUUUUUUUUAUAGUAUUGAGCACGAUUAACCACUUAUACAAUUUUGGAAUCGCGUUUGUUAUGCAGUCUCUCAAAAUAAAGGCAGUGUUUUCCUGCGUAAAAUAUAACUAAUCAUA